GGUGUUUAAUAUGGAUACCACAUAUUUUUUAUUUUAUUUUUUAAUGCUUAACGGACGACGAAGCAUGGGUUGAGACCCAUGCUUCUGUAUAGUAGUAAAUUAACUUAAAAGGACGAAUCGAAUAAGAGCUGAAGAAUACUCCUAGCUAGAUAUUAAAAAAAUGUGGUGGUUUGAACGCUAGCAUUCUUUUCCAAUAACUAAAUCUAGUGUAUUUUGGUGAUGUGUGUCUUUGAUUCAUGUAUUAAGCGCCAGUAACCUUUCUGUGAUUUUCCACACCCUUGAAUUUGUACACAGGAAACUGCUUUGUUUAUAAUUUAGUGAUCAUUUGAGCUAAUACCUAUAAACCUUCAAACUAUUCACGUUGUGCGAGUUAAUACUUAAACUACAGGGAUUUGUUGUAACCCCUUGAACUAUAAAUCUCUUAUCUAAAACCUCAUGUAGUGCCAAGUGGCUCUCUUUGUGGUGUGUGAGAACUAUAAAAUGACCAUAAAAAAUAUCCAUGUGACAUUUUAAAAGCAUCCUUUUUUCUUUUCUUUUCAAAUCUCUACAUCUGUUGCUAAUAAUGGUAAACUAGUUGAAACUCAUAAGCUUAAAAUAAUAGUAUAAAAAAUAAUAAAUUUAGUUGGAAAUUACGACUGAAUUUCAUCAUAAGAGUAAACCCACUUUAAAAUGUCUCUUAUUUGUUCUUUUUUCUGACCUUAUUUAAUUGAUUUCUUUCUUCUUUUCUUCAAAAUCAAUAAAUUUUUAUCGAUAGCAAUAAAACAUGUUGAAAACUAUAUUCCUAAAAUAAUAGUAAACAAAUACAAUAAACAAACAAAAAAAGUUCAUCAAUAACAGUAAACCCAUAUUGCAAAUUUGAUUUUUUUUUUACUCAAUAGUGAUAACUCAAUUAAAAAGAUUAAGUAUUAAAAUAUACUUAAAAAUUAUUGUGUGUAUUAGGGGUUAUGCCUUUUUAACUUAAUUUAUUAAUAUUGAUAAAAUUUAGUUGUAAUUUGUAAUUGAAUUUGUCAUUUUUUAUUAAAUUAUUUUUCGUACUUAUUUUAAGAGUAUGAAUUCUAACUUCGUGUUGUAUUAGGAAAGAGAUAAGCUUUUGAAGAACAAGAUUAUAAAUUUCAACUUACUCCCUCCAUUUCAAUUUGUUUGUCUUACUUUCUUUUUUUAGUCUGGUUAAAAAAUAAUGCCUCUUUCCUUUAUGUAGCAACUCUUUAAUUUCAAUUUUUCACAUAACAUGUUUAAGACCACAAAAUUAAAUGACAUUUUGAUACAUUUUAGUUGAAAGCUAAAAGAUUUAAAAAUCUUUUUUAUUAGACAAACAAAUUGAAAUGGAGGGAAUACUUGUUAACAACAAAUUUUUAUUUGUUCAAAAAAAAAAAAAAAAAUCCUUUUUCAAAGACAGGGACCAAAAAUAGGCACUGGGCGCCACUUGUAAACAGUCCAUUAAAAUUAAAGAUGGUUCCGCCGAAUUUUGCUUACCGCAUGGAAUGUGGCGGGAUACUGGACAUUUUAACGGGGAAAAGACAACACAAAAUACGUAUUGUCCGCAUGAACAUGACCCAAUUUAUUAUUAGCCACGCCAUCAUUACAUACUAUCACGUGUCUUCACAAACUCUCUUUGUUUUAAUUGUUUUCAGUUUCGAAUGUGAAGUGAACCAAUUAGAAGUAAAAAAAAUGGCAGUUUGUUAUAAGUUGUGGUGCAUGCAUGAUAGCAUUAGCCAGGCCUUUAAUAACAAAUGGCUUAUUCAUUCAAUGUCAGUCUGUUAGCAGUUUCACCGCUUCACUUUCAGACUUGGACUCCCUAUAAAUAAUGGGGAAGAAGAGAGUGAUGUUACCGGCGAGUGAAGUUGACAUGAUGGCUGCCAAGUAUACGCCUCAAAGAAUUCAAGGUCCACAUCUGACUGGAUUUUGGUUGAAGUUAUUUGUAAUGUUGGCUGAAGCACCAAUUAUUGGUUCAAUGAUCAUGCUUCUCUUGAAGAACAAGAACCGAGUAACUGAGAUGUUGAAGAAUACCGUUAUACCGGAGGCUCCCAUGUUUAUACCUGAAUUUCCUCCUCAAGAGUCAGAACCUGGUGUUCUUUGCUUGGAAGAAGAUGGGAGACCUGAAGAACGUGUUGAGUUAGUUUUGCAGUGUCUUCCAGAUUACAAUCCAGGCUGUAUUCAGAUUGCUGAUACAAGCGCACCAUUCCGCUAUUGGAACAUUCGUGAUUAUGCAUAUGCUUACAGAUCUAAGCUUACAACUCCCUCUCAGGCAACAGAGCACUUCAUCUCAGCUAUAGAAGAGUUCAACAACAAGAAUCCACUGGCACCGCUACUGAUUUCUUAUGAUCCCGAUGAAGUCAGAAGGCAAGCUGCUGCUUCCGUGCAAAGAUUUGAAGAAGGAAGUGAAUUAUCAAUCCUGGAUGGUAUCUUCAUGGCAGUUAAGGAUGACAUUGAUUGCUAUCCGUAUCCAUCAACGGGUGGAACAACUUGGUUUCACGAGCUUCGUGAGGUGAAGAAGGAUGCUGUCUGUGUCUCAAGAUUACGAAGUUGUGGUGCAGUUUUGGUUGGAAAGACCAAUAUGCAUGAAUUGGCCAUGGGAACAACUGGAAAUAAUGCGAAUUUUGGGACAACCAGGAAUCCACAUGCUCCAGAUAGGUACACAGGCGGUUCUUCCGCAGGCUCUGCAGCUAUUGUAGCUUCUGGAUUGUGUUCUGCUGCACUGGGAACAGAUGGAGGAGGUUCAAUUCGAAUUCCUUCUUCCCUUUGUGGUGUUGUGGGCUUGAAGCCAACAUGUGGAAGGAUUGACAUGAAAGGGUUGAUAUAUCAUAGUGGAACAGCGGCAAGUCUUGGACCUAUCACAGCAAAUGUUGAGGAUGCCAUACUAGUGCAUGCUGCAAUUUUAGGAUCUUCUCCUGCUGAGAGAGUUUCUCUGAAAUCGGCCCUCCCUUGUUUACCAAAUUUAAGUUCAUGUGAGAGCUGGUGCUCUCUGGGAUCACUGGGCUUGGGGAAGUAUACUGAGUGGUUCAAUGAUGUAUUCUCAACUGAAAUAUCUGAUAAGUGUGAGGAUAUUCUUAAUCAGCUAUCAGAAAAACAUGGGUGCAAAACGAUAGAGAUUGUAAUACCAGAGUUGCCUGAGAUGCGCACUGCACAUAUUGCUUCUCUUGGCACUGAAGCACUAUAUGAGCUGAAUCCUGACCUUGAGGAUGGGAAAUUAGCGAGAUUAACGUAUGACACUCGGAUAAAUCUGGCACUAUUUCGAGCACUUACAGCUUCAGAUUAUAUUGCUGCUCAGUGUCUUAGGCGAAGGUCAAUGUAUUACCACAUGGAGAUUUUCAAGAAGGUGGAUAUCAUUGUGACACCUACUACUCCCAUGACAUCGCCCAUAAUUUCACCAACUGCUCUUACAGUUGGAGAGACCAAUUUGCGGGUUUCAGGAAAUCUUAUGCGGUUCAUGUUAGCAGGAAAUCUUCUGGGCUUUCCUGCAAUUUCUGUGCCUGUUGGCUAUGACAAGCAAGGACUUCCCAUAGGCAUGCAGCUCAUUGGGCGUCCCUGGUGCGAAGCAUCCAUUUUGCGCUUGGCGGCUGCCAUAGAGGAAACUUGUGCUGGCCCCAAGAAGAAACCCGUGCAGUUUUAUGAUAUUUUGAAAGGGAACCAGAUGUGAAGUUUACGUUCUCAACUAAAACAUUGGUGACAGCUCUCAGAUAUUGGUGAUUUAGGACUGCACAAAAACUUUAGAAGUAGUUCAUUUUCUGUAAUUGUAUUAAUCCCGAAAUAAAAGUUGUCUUGCAGAAAAAGUCUAGGUCAUGUGGAAAUGAGAUUACUGUUUGAUCUUCGUUCAAUAAAAGUUGUCGAAGUUUGUAAUCCUUACUGCUUAAAUCCCGAUAGGGAUUAGUUUCGCUCAACUAUAAUUUUAUUGCAAAAAAGUUAUUAGAUUA